AAUAAUAAAAUAUUUGGAAGCAAUUUUUAUUUUUCGAAACGGAACCCGCGCCUCCAUUCUCACGCACUGCAAUUCAAAUUCCAGAUUUGCAAACGUCUCUGUUCAAACUGCUCAACAAUGAGAAAAGCCCUAAAAAGAAGCUCCUGCAACAGCAGUUCAAAAGAACAAACUCAAAAGAAAAGGAAAAAAUUAGAUACAAACAAUGUCUCGAUAAUUCAGCAGCUAGGUCAGAUUUCUCCGUUUAAUCCCCAGCAGAAAUCUCCGAUCCUCAAUCUAGCUAAUCCUUCUCGCUUUCAGCAGCUUCUCGAAUCUGAAAGCGAUGUUGUCGCGCCUCAAUCAGACUGUAAGCCUUCGUCGAGUGUCGAGUUCAAUUUCGAUGUUGGUAACGCGAAUGAGAGAGUUUUUGUUCUCAGCCAGGAUUUGUUUUGCACUCCGGAUUAUAUUACUCCAAAUGAGGCUCCGAUUCCCAAGACUUUAGAUUGCAAUGAGGAAGAUGCGUGCCCGAAGUCACCGGAGAAAAUAAAGACGGUUAAAGCCAAGAAACAAAUGCAGAAUGCAGCUUUGGCAAGCAUAACUGGAGCUAGUUUCCCUUAUGAUCAGCUAGUAUCAGAACUUCCGGAUGAUACAUCUGUCAGUCAUGAUUGUGAUUCAGUAAAAGAAAUAGAUUCUGAAUUUCAGAAGAAACCAAAUUACAUUUCUCAGUCUGCAGUGGCUUUACGCUGUCGAGUGAUGCCUCCCCCCUGCAUGAAGAAUCCUUACCUUAUGGAUGAUUCAGGUGUCGAUAUAGACCCAUUUGGCAGUAGCAGAUCUAAAUGUGAAGGCCUUUUUCCUUCAGCCAUUGGCGGUGGUGACCUUCCACGCUACCGUACAGAUUUUCAUGAAAUAGAGGAAAUUGGUUAUGGAAACUUCAGCCGUGUUUUCAAAGCUUUAAAGCGAAUCGAUGGUUGCAUGUAUGCAGUAAAACAUAGCACAAGACAACUACAUUUGGACACUGAAAGGCGUAAAGCUUUGAUGGAAGUACAAGCUAUGUCUGCUUUAGGAUCUCAUGAAAACAUUGUCCGCUAUUAUAAUUCUUGGAUUGAAAAUGAGAAGAUCUACAUUCAAAUGGAACUUUGUGAGCGUAGCCUAUCCAUCAAUGGAUCAUCUAAAUUAUUCACAGAAGGAGAGGUCUUAUUAGCAAUGCACCAGAUAGCCAAGGCACUGCAAUAUAUACAUGAGAGAGGGGUUGCCCACUUAGAUGUGAAGCCUGAUAAUAUUUAUGUCAAGAAUGAUGGAUAUAAACUUGGGGAUUUCGGAUGUGCAACUCUCCUGGAUACAAGCCUUCCAAUUGAAGAAGGCGAUGCACGUUAUAUGCCCCAAGAAAUCCUGAAUGAGAAGUAUGAUCAUCUUGAUAAGGUCGAUGUGUUCUCUUUGGGGGCUACCAUAUAUGAGCUUGCUAAGGGGUCAGCUCUGCCAGAGUCUGGUCCUCAUUUUCUACAUCUCAGGGAAGGAAAACUGCCACUCCUUCCUGGCCAUUCUAUCCAAUUUCAAAAUUUACUCAAGGCGAUGAUGGACCCAGAUCCAGCACGGCGACCUUCUGCAAAAGAAGUUGUUGAAAACUCACUUUUUGAUCGAAUCCGCAUAACUUCAAAAACUAGGUAAAGGCUUUGAAAUGCUUAUAUGAAGUGUAUACUGAAUUGUAAUUAUUGUCUUAAUGUAGUGCGCCAUAGUUUUGAUUGACAUGGUGCUCAUUUUGUAAAAAUGAAGUUUAAUGCUUACAUGAAGUGUAUACUGUAUUUGGAGAAGUGUUCAGUACCGUAUUCUGAUAAUUGGGUUGUAUUAUUGCAAAUUGCAAUUAUUGCGUGGAACUGCAAAACUUGCCUUACUCCCAUUCUCGUACUCCCUCUGUCCCUCUCAUUUGUUUACAGUUUUUUUACACUGUUCGACACGCAUUUCAAGGCGUAUAUAAAACAUAGUUAUACAACUUUUUUUUGGAAAAUUUCUUUUUUGUAUAAAAAUAUAAACAUCAAACUUUUAUUCAGAAGAAAAAAAAGUUCAAAAUAAUUUAUCAAACUACGUUUUAUAAGAGCAUUAGAAUGCGUGCCGAGCCCCCGUCCCCCAAUGUAAACAAAUGAGGGGGACGGAGGGAGUAAUAUUUAGUGCA